AUGGCGCCAUCCACCGUCGAUGUGCGCCCAAAUAGUGAGGGGUCAAUUGAGUGUUGGGACGACGAUGAUGAACUACAAUGUUACGAGGACAUCCACCUCCGUGCUGCGUCAAGCACUACAUCUGUAACCAAUUCCUCUGUCCGCCGAUCUGGACAUCGCGAUUCGAUUUCUUCGCGUCGCUCUGCUCGCUCUGAUCUCGAUUCCACCACAGGCGGAGACGAGGACUGGCAAAUUCAGCUUCUUGAUGAAGAUGAGUUUGUGAAUGAAGAAGCUAUAACUUCUGUCCAAAAUGCAGGGAUUCCUUUGCCGGUGAACAUCCCUCGCGCAGCUCUCGUCGGAGGUACAAUUAAACGCCUUGGGAGGAAAAAGACAAAGCGAGAGUUCAUUGAUGAUUGGUCUGACGAUUUGGAGCUGCCCAGCCCCAGUGUUGCUCUAGAGUUGAAACGGUUCCACGAAACAUCUCUUCCUGAGGCGCUUCUGCAUCUUGGCUCUACUUCUCCAGACGCUGUAAACGGCCCUCCCUUCCUAAAAAACGAUGUGACGCCGCAACUACCCAUGCACGCAAUUCCGGGUGACUAUUCAACAAGCAUCGACGUCGAUGACACUGAAGACAUCCCAACUAUCAAAGCUGCUAAGCAAGUUCCUUCGCAGAUACCGAGGAUUAUCAGCAAUUUGGAUUUCAGCAAAGAAACUGCUUCAGCAGAGAACUUUGAAAAUGAUUUUGAGCUGCCGGCGAACGAUUCCCUGCAGCUGCGCAAUCCGUCUGCAAGCGUGUUAAGCCCAGCUCCUGACGAUAUUGACAUCGAUUGGUCCGAGGGUAGCAUUGGUGUACGAUUUGGGGGUACUACGCGGGAUCAUCGCUCGAAUCCAAGCUCAUCAAUCUCAGUUGUAAGCCCGAGCGCAUCAAGUUAUUUGACAGGUGAAAGCGAUGAUGAAGGGCUCGACGGCCUUGUGAUUCCGGAAGGGCCUUUGAACCUAGGGGGACGUCUAACUCAGCUUGAGAAGCAUAACUUUCCGGACACACCCUAUCGUGUGCCCGAAGGUAGACGCCAAGAACAACUUCGCAGCGACGACUUUUUCUCUGGUCUGGAUAUUAAUAGUGGUGACCUCUUCAGCGCUAGGAGACCCUCAAUAAAUCCAAAUAUCAAAUACAAGACAGAGCCUCUUGGAAGCCCGGCGCGGCGUUCUGCGACGACCCUGACAUUUACGAACGCCGCUGUAUCGCCAAAAACUCGUAUACCUCGCCUUUCUGGACACGACCGAACUCGCUCAACCCAUCUGGAAACGGUCUCUGAGAGCGGUGCUCCCUUAUCAAAGUUCCGCACAUCUCCACGCCGACCAGGCCAUGUCUCUCACUCCUCCGUGUCUAGUCUUCCAAUAGCUGGGUCAUCACAGGGGUCAUCAAUUCAGUUUACACCAACCCGACGUUCAGUGGGUAGCCGGGUCUCAAAAGAAGCCCUAGCAGGGGAGCAUGCUCCUGGGAAGCAACUUUUAAAAACGAAACGAUCAAUGCCAUCAAUGCGCAACGCACCGCAUACGACAAGUAGCACUUCAUUCGCAUGCCCCCCUGGGCAAAGUGGCUUGAACUGGCUUAAUACCGGCACCUGGGCUGCCACUGACCGCGCUGGACUGGAUGGGAAGUUAUCAACUCGUAAAGCCCAGACGCCUUUCUUACCUGCCGGAGCCUCAGAAAGACAGUCUCACCACGUCAGCGUGAAAAGCUACCGAUAUUCACGCCGGAGCUCUGACGGUGCCAGCGAUGCUAUCAGCUCCCAAGGUACCGUUACUCGAUUGCCGCGAACCAGCCGUCAAGAUGGCUCAGGCGUAACUUCAGAAACAUUAAGCACAACCCCCAAAAGGACCCUCACCCGACCAGCACGUCGCCGAAAUUAUGGUGACGGGUCUGAACUAGCCUCUUUCGACGACUUACCUACAUCUACCGCAAUGGAGAGCAAGUUUGUAAAACAACCCAGUGGCCGUGGGGCACCGCGAUCCUUGAAAAAUAGACUGAGCAUAAGUCAAUCCGGACCUUCAAAGCCGGAUUCACCUCAACAGAUGUUGACUACAAAUAACCCACUUCAACAGCAAGCAUCUAUCCCCAGAUUUGCGCGAGAUACCAAUGCAUCAAGGAAUGCUAGGGAACAGCGCAUCGCCUCUAUGUCCUCCAUUUCGAAGACACGGGAAAACAAUCCUCUCACCCCUCUUAGCUCAAACUGGAAACCCCAGAAUAUCUCACGAAUGCCGUCAACCACGGGAUCAGUAAGAAGCAAGAAGGGGAGACUGGGCUCGUCAUCUGGAUCUAGACCGCAGCUAAUAAAACCGAUUGGUGCGGGGGUACAGGAACGAAAAUAUACUUUCCGUUGGGAAGGGAAUGAGAAAUUGGUUCAAGGCUUCGACAGCGCCACGCCCAAGUCGCCUAAACCAUCGCCCGCCCUAAUUACCAAUGUGGGGGCUAUGCAAAACGUGCAAGUGGUUGGCGGAAUGGUGUUUGAUCCGCAACGCAUGUGCUGGCUCAAGUUAGCGCCGUGCCAGCCGGGCUUGGAUGGAGUUCUUGCAGUCGAAGAUGAAGAUGAUGUAUUCUCGAACUUCGCCGAUCUAGAGGAGGCGGGCGUCUCCAAUAAAAGAGCAGCAGGAGCCCCAGAGGACUUCGGUCCAGCAGUUAGCGGAGACGAUCGAAGCGGCGAGGAUUCUUCUGACGAGUGGCCCAUAACAGAGGAGUUUGACGUGGGCCCAGAGUUUAUUAAACGCCAGCAUACGGAAGAAGAAAAAUGGAGACGCAAGGUCAACAAGUGGAUGAACCAUAACCCUGCUGGCUCCGGAAGCAGCUGGAGGUGGGCUAUCCGGGAUUUGGUACGAUCUAACAGCACGCUUGGGGCUCAAGAGCUCAGCAAUGCAUGA